UGGCCAAAUUGGAAGUGGAAGGAACCCCCUAUAAAUCAGCUCACUCUGGGCAGUGGGGUCAGAGCUGCAGACUAGCUGUGGAAAGAGCCUGAUCACCACCAUGAACUUCUCCGGAAAAUACCAACUGCAGAGCCAAGAAAACUUUGAGGCCUUCAUGAAGGCUAUUGGUUUGCCUGACGAACUUAUCCAAAAAGGGAAAGACAUCAAGGGGGUGACAGAAGUGGUGCAGAAUGGUGACCACUUCAAAGUUGUAGUCACCACUGGUGCCAAAGUGAUCACUAAUGAGUUCACCUUGGGAGUGGAGUCUGAGCUGGAGACCAUGACUGGAGAGAAGGUCAAGGCUGUAGUUCAAAAGGAAGGUGAGAAUAAGCUGGUGACAUCUUUCAAAGGCAUCAAGUCUGUGACUGAACUCAAUGGUGACACCGCCACCCAUACCAUGACACUAGGAAACAUUGUCUUCAAGAGGAUCAGCAAGAGAAUCUAGACAAGUCUGCAUUUCCUAUUCUUUUACUAUGUAAAAUUAAUGUAAUAAAGUGAACUUUGUUUUAUUUUU